AGGGAUUUGUUUUGAUUUUUAGCGCCAUCUCUGCAAAAAAGCAAUAGCCUAUAGUGAAACGUAACGUACACAACACCCCAGCGGGCUUGCAUAGUGAUUUAGUUGUCUGUUACCUUUCUCCCGCGAACAAUGGCGUCAAAUUCUCGGGGUGAUGGAGGUGGUAUCAAAAUUUGUUGCUCUGCACAUCCCGACGCUCCUUUGAUUGAGGACUAUCGAGCUGGCGAUCAAAUUUGUUCAGAAUGUGGACUUGUUGUUGGAGACAGGGUUAUUGAUGUGGGUUCCGAAUGGCGAACAUUCAGUAAUGAAAAGGCUAAUGCAGACCCUUCUCGUGUUGGUGGAGCUGAAAAUGCUUUACUAAAUGGGACAGAUCUGUCCACAAUGAUUGGUCCUGGUACUGGCAGUGCCUCUUUUGAUGAGCAUGGUGUGGCAAAGUAUCAAAACAGACGGACUAUGAGCAGUUCUGACCGUGCCCUUGUCAAUGCCUUCAAAGAAAUCAGCAACAUGGCAGACAGGAUCAACCUACCUAGGACUAUUGUCGACAGAGCCAACAAUCUGUUCAAGCAGGUCCAUGAUGGCAAAAAUUUGAAAGGACGUAGCAAUGAUGCCAUUGCCUCUGCAUGCUUAUAUAUUUCAUGCAGGCAAGAAGGUGUCCCGCGAACUUUCAAAGAGAUCUGUGCCGUCAGUAAGAUCAGCAAAAAAGAGAUCGGAAGGUGUUUCAAGCUCAUCCUAAAGGCACUCGAAACCUCAGUCGACAUAAUCACUACAGCCGACUUCAUGUCUCGUUUCUGCUCUAAUCUUGGAUUGCCUACUAUGGUACAGCGAGCAGCAUCGCACAUUGCUCGAAAAGCGGUCGAGCUCGAUAUCGUCCCUGGUCGUUCACCGAUCUCAGUGGCUGCCGCUGCUAUAUAUAUGGCGUCUCAGGCAUCAGACGACAAAUCUAAAAAAACACAGAAGGAAAUUGGUGAUAUAGCUGGCGUGGCCGACGUCACCAUCCGCCAGUCGUACAAGUUGAUGUACCCACGUGCCGCGGAGCUCUUUCCUGAGGAUUUCAGAUUCGCAACCCCCAUUGAGCAACUCCCUCAACUUUAAACGAAGCACAUCAUUUAUUGUGAUUGCUACAGGACCCCCCGAAAAUUUAUCUUUAUCUUUCUUCCCAUCCUUCACACACACACACACUUAUACACUUGAUUCGCCUCGUUUCGGUCCAAAACCCCAUCCGUUUAAACUAGCUUGUAUUGUUGUAUGACGAAUAAUGUCUUCAUCCGUAAAAAAAAAAAAUUCCGCGACACAGGUUUUGAAGAGUGGAUUUUCAUUUUGUUUACAUUUUUACAUUUAGGGCACGGUGUAGCACUUCGGGAGAGAGUGUGAACAACAAACAAACAAAAAGAAAUCUUAACUGUGACUAUAGACAAGAUUUAGGUAUUGCUUUGGAGAAGUGCAAAUGUUUAGCUUUUUGCGAUCGUCGGCUUUGGGUAGUGUCGACGAUUUUUUCUUUCUUUUUGCUUUUCUCCGCCGAAUUUCUACGAUUCCAUUUUGCAGGCACCGCUUGUCCGCGAUGUUGACCAGCCUUUUUCGUCGUCGAGUGGUUUUAAAUUCCUGCUGUAGUUUUGAAAAUGUAUCAGAUCAUCUUCUGUGGUGGUUGAAGCGCCCUAUGUAUCGCUGUGCACCGUUGGAAGUACACGAUUCCUUAUUUUCA